UUUUUGCUUCCUUUUUAUGAUUUCACAGACCCUCUCUCUGCCCUUUUUUAUUUAAACCCUUUUCAAGGGUGGUUCCACUCUGUCUCUCUCUUCUCUCUCUCUCUUUCUCUCCUUUUCCUUCGUUUUAUGAUUUUUUUAAUCAUAUUUUUUCUUUAGCUGCUGCUUCUGCGGCGGCUAAACCCUAAUCGGUGCUUUGUAAAAGCCAUGUCAGGAUAUAAUCUGAACUUUUCUCCUGCAAGAUCUGUGUCUCCACAGAUUAGGAAUGCCCUUGAUGUCGACAGUAAUCAGUACUUGUCAGAGCUGCUGGCGGAGCAUCAAAAGCUUGGACCUUUCACUCAAGUUCUCCCAAUAUGUACCAGGCUUUUGAGUCAAGAAAUUCUGAGGCUUUCUGGAAGGCUGCCGAGCCAAGGUUUUGGGGAACUGGAUAGACUGAGGCAUAGGAGCCCUAGUCCUAUGGCUUCCUCAAAUCUUAUGUCAAAUGUUGCCGGUGCUGGAGGGUUGGGUGGUGGUUGGAAUGGACUUCUUCAUCAGGAGAGGUUAAGUGGACCUCCUGGAAUGUCAAUGGAUUGGCAAGGUGCACCGGCAAGUCCUAGUUCAUAUACCAUGAAAAAGAUAUUGCGAUUAGACAUCCCAGUUGAUACUUACCCAAAUUUCAAUUUCGUAGGACGACUACUUGGCCCCAGAGGAAAUUCUCUGAAGCGUGUGGAAGUCACUACAGGCUGCCGUGUAUAUAUUAGAGGAAAAGGUUCUAUAAAAGACCCAGACAAGGAGGAAAAAUUACGAGGGCGACCAGGUUAUGAACAUCUGAAUGAACCACUCCAUAUUUUGAUUGAGGCCGAUUUACCUGCCAACAUCAUUGACAUUAGACUCAGACAAGCUCAAGAGAUUAUUGCAGAAUUGCUAAAGCCCGUGGAUGAAUCACAAGAUUAUAUAAAGAGACAGCAAUUGCGAGAAUUAGCAUUGCUGAAUUCUAAUUCCCGGGAAGGGAGUCCCGGACCAAGUGGCAGCGUGUCGCCUUUCAACACUAGUGGAAUGAAGCGUCCCAAGACUGGCCAUUAUAAAUGCUGACGAUGAUGCGGAGGGCGUUUCGGUCUUUUGGUCGUCGUCGUGCCUGGGCCCACAUACCAUACACCAUGUAGAUGACAACGGAGAUCGGGCCGAGUUCACGGUGGCUUUUAAAAAAUGGUAACUACAUAAUGGUCGUUGUCUGAGAAAACGUAACUACAUAAGUUGUUUUCUUUAUACAGUUUCGUUGGUCGUUAAAUUUAUAUGGUCGGUCAUUCGGUCGGUUUUGCGGGUCGGAGUUUCUUGUGGGUUGGCAAACUCUAGAUUCAUUGGAUUUAUUUGUGUUGGCAAAGUAUUAUAGUGUGAUAUAUGUUGCUAUUUUUAGUUCAUUGUAGAGGGGUUUUUAGUGGUUUUGAAGCAAAUGCUUUGUAGCAAAAAUAACUCGUCUUUGUUGUCCAUUAUUUUGUUCAAGCAGUGAUGAUGAACUUGACAAUGAAUUAUUUAAUUAUAUUGCUAUAUUUGUUUAGCCACUGCUUUGGUCACCUUUACGCAAAUCCAACACGCCGAUUGAGAGCUAGGGCAAGACCAUCGAAGAAUUGGGGCUAUGAACUCGCACAUGAGAAUGGGUCAACGAAGCUAUGGGAAUCAUUCAUCGUCGGCCUCAUCUAGAAGAAUUGAAUAUUUUGGUGAUUGGUUAGAAGUUUUCACAUGUAAUUGUGGAAAUGAAAUGAGAAAUAUGACUGCAUGGAUUGACAGCAACUCGGGAAGAAGAUUUUGGAAGUGUAAUGAAAAAGUGAAUGAUAUUUACCUUCAAUGUUGUGUACGUAAAUGUCAAUUGUAUCUUAUAUGGUUAUAUUUAUAAAUAUAAUGUUAACUGUGUA